GUGAGUCACGCCAUUCCGUCGCUGAACCUCGGUUGCAGCGGUCUGUCCUGUCCACAUCUCCACCACGCUCACCAGGUCCCACACACGAACGUCUAGGUCGCCACUUACAGCGCGCGUCAAAUUCGCGUGAAGGUUUUACGAGCGUACUGAAAAAACGCGAUAGCGUUUGAUAACGAAAGAAAUGAAGAAAUCGACGAUUUAGUCUGUGUCCGUGCGCGAAGAGUAGUUUCGGUUCUUUAUUAUGUUCCAAAGAUGGGAGUAUUCCAAUGUUUGUCGCUCGCUGUGAUAUGGAUAACAAUAACAAAUGUUUCCUAUUCCACUGCUAUCAAGUGCUAUCGAUGCAGCCUCACUAAAACUAACCUCUACCUAACAGAACCCUCGGGACUAUGUUCUGAGUUCGAUUAUUCAGAUAGAUUCAUCGUUGACUGCCCAGAGUCAACGUUCUGUGUGAAGAAGACCUAUCAAGCCAAAAUCGCAGGAUUGAGAAAUGGCACCGACAGAUUCUGCGCUUUCCAAAAGUUCGAAACCCACGAGGUGGUUAACAGAGAAUGGAUACCAAAGGUGAUAAUAGAAGAGCCCUACACAGAGAACUGCACCGUGAUAAACGACCAAGGGCUUCGAACCGGAUGGACCGAAGAAUGCUACUGCAAAACAGAUCUCUGCAAUGCGGCCCCCACGUGUGACAGCGUCAGAUCUCUAGCCGUUCUACUUUCAUCUGCUGUGAUAAUACUGAGAAACAUACCAUUGCUAGGUUAAGAUAUGCUUACACGUUUAUGUUUAGUGAAUUUGUGAUCCGAGUUGUUUUGUGAAAUAAAGAUAUUUUAGCGUUUCUAUCAUCGAAUGGAGAAUAUUCGAGGAAUAAAUGGAAUAUAAAACCUGUUAAUGUAUGAGUAAUUCGAAUAUCAAAAGAAAAUAAAUCCUAGGUGUAACAGUU